CGUGUACAUGCAACAAUGCCCAUUCCGAACACACUUGUUCGCCUACAAAUAGCGGUGCAGAAGUCGAGCCUAAGCAUUGUGCUCACCAUCCCAAAGCAAAGCAAGUCUAAACCUUUCAUCCAGAGCAGUGAGCUUACAGCAAAGGUAAGGAUGUCUUGCAACUGUGGAUCAAGCUGCGGCUGCGGCUCAAACUGCAACUGCGGCAAGAUGUACCCUGACUUGGAAGAGAAGAGGGGCGCCACCAUGCAGGCCACCGUCGUCGUCCUCGGCGCUGGGCGUGCCAAGGCGCAGUUUGAGGAGGCCGCCGAGUCCGUCGAGGCUGGCCAUGGUUGCAGCUGCGGUGCCAACUGCAAGUGCAACCCUUGCAACUGCUAAGAUGCAAGCGGUCGAUGCGCUUGUGGUGAUCGUGCCGUGUGUGAUGGAGUGAAUAAAGGAACCGGCGCUGGCCAUCUUGUUGAUGCUGUGGUGUGGUUUGCUCUUGGUGUCCUACGUUGUGAUUUCUGUCAUGUAAACUGUGUUUGGUGUGCGCGAGCCUGUGUGGUGUGUGCAUGUAUAUUUGUAAUGGCCCAUCUGAAUUGAAUAUGACAAACAGGUUCGUAUAAA